CGCACUGCGCCGCCCGCCGCCCGCCCCUGGGCCGCACCGGCACCGGCACCGGCACCCGGAGACCCGGUCGCGGGGGAUCAGAGUGCAGCGGGCGCGGGCGGCGGCGGCCCUCUCCACGUCCGGCGUCGCGGGAUCUCCAUCUGCUCGCCGGUGCAUGGACGGCGCGCGCUCCGACCCGCCGCAGGGACAGGGUCGCGCGGCUUGAAGCUCAUUCCUGAUGGGCAGCAAAAUUGUUUGUGGAUGAAGGAGCCAGAGCCACUCCCAACUCGGGCUGGGGGGUGCACUGGCAGCCACCAGUUACCACUUUCUUGCUGGUGAGGAAGCUGGGAAUUGGUGCAGCAAAGUGAAUAACCCCGUCUAUAGAACCCAGGGCCGCCUGCAGGAACCGGGUUGGUCUGGGUGGUGCGACCCAUGCCUUGAGGCCAGGAGACUCCCAGAGGCCAGCAUGCCGUGGGACGCCAGGCCCGGACGCAGUGCCAACGGUGGGCCCGAGGGCGCAGGCUCAGCUCGCUUGCGGGUGCAGAAGCAGUGCCGGAAGUCGUCCUUCGCCUUCUACCAGGCAGUGCGCGAUCUGCUGCCCGUGUGGCUACUGGAGGACAUGCGCGCCAGCGAGGCCUUCCACUGGGACGAGCGCGGGCGCGCCGCCGCCUAUUCACCGUCGGAGGCUCUGCUGUACGCGCUCGUGCACGACCACCAAGCCUAUGCUCACUACCUGCUGGCCACCUUCCCCCGGCGCGCGCUCGCCCCGCCUAGCGCGGGCUUCCGCUGUUGCACGGCGCCUGGACCGCACGUGGCGCUGGCGGUGCGCUACAACCGCGUGGGCAUCCUGCGGCACAUCCUGCGAACCGUGCGGGACUUUCCACUGGAAGAGCGCAUGCGCCUUCUGGACCGACGUGGCUGCAGCCGUGUGGAGGGCGGUGGCACGUCGCUGCACGUGGCCUGUGAGCUUGCGCGCCCCGAGUGUCUCUUCCUGCUGCUUGGCCACGGAGCUUCUCCAGGCCUGCGAGACGGUGGUGGCUUUACACCGUUGGAGCUGCUGCUGCGCCAGCUGGGCCGGGACGCCAGCUCAGCCCCUACUGCUGCUGAGGCCUCCUCUGCCACCGUCCACGCUGCCACCACCAGCACCACUCCGCCUGGGGAGCUGUGUCAGCGCCGCCUGCUGCUGCUUGACCUGCUGGCACUGUACACCACGGGGGCUGCUGUGGGCCCAGCUCGAUGUGAGCUGCUGGGAGACCGGCUACGCUGGCAGAAGCUGCUGGGAGAGGACAAGUUCCAGUGGCUAGCAGGGCUGGCGCCACCCUCCCUCUUUGUACGAGCCAUGCAGGUGCUGGUGACCACCAUCUCACCUGGCCGCUUCCCCGAGGCCUUGGAUGAGCUGCCUCUGCCACCCUUCUUGCAGCCAUUGGAUCUCACGGGCAAGAGCUAGACUCGGGGGCACCCUUGGCACUGUAUUUGGGGGGGCAGAAGUAUUUUUGAGAGCAUUGUACCUGGCACUUUACAUACAUGGAUCUCUGACUGUACAGAAGAACCUGCCUGGUCUGUUGCAUGCUUUGGGGGUAGGGCUGCCAAGUCAGGCAGGCUCUCAAAGAGCCUUGGCUCUCCACACUCCUACUCAAGUGCACUAGCUCAGCUGAGGAUAUGGGUGAGGACCUGGAGUCCCGGGGAGGUGACAGCUGACCCAAGCAGGAGAGGAGGAACAGGAACAGAGGGCAGGGACAGAAUGUGCUGAGGCCAGGACAGGCCUGUACCGUUGUAACCAGUCCUCCUGUGCUCUCAGCCUCAUAAAUGGCCUGUGGAGUUGGACUUGAUCCUAUGUCCAAGAGGACAAGAAGGGCUGAGUGGGCAGCUGUGACAGGAGGUGAGAGGUAGGAGCCAGUCUGUGUGUUUGAAGCAGCUCACACUGAAUCAUAGGCUUCCCCACCCAGGCCUGGGAUUGGCCCAGCAUUCCCUUUUGCCCUCAGUCAGGAUUGGCAAGUGCUAGCCUGGGCUUCUGUGCUCAGCUCUGCUCUGCACCUGCUCCAUCACAGGCUUUGAGUUCCCUGCAUCACGUCUCCUCAUCCGGACCAGGGGGGUUUUCCAGGCCUCCUGCCCAGCCACAGGGAUGGGCUCCUCACCCACUCACAGUGGGUGUCACAUGGUGCUUAUGGGCCUCAGGGCUGGUGUUAUCACCCUGGGCAAGCUUCUUGCCCAGCCUGAAGAGCUGGUUUCUGCUGGAAACUUGUGCAGAUUGGAGGCUUGUUAAUGAGCGCACCAUCUUUCAGGAUAAAGGCACCCCGGCUGCAGAGCGGGGUUCACACCCCGAGGAACUUCGAGACUGGGGAGGAGGGCCGGAUCACCCUGCCCAGGGAUUUUGCUGGGCUGUGAAAUUCAACCUUUGUGGCAUGAGCUUGUGGGCCAUAAUGUGCUGCCAGGAGCCGAAGCCAGCAGUCUGCUGAAGCGGUCUGGCCGAGGCACCUGCUGCUCAGUGCUCCUGAGUACAGCAUGGCUGGGGGUGCAAGAGUGCAGGCUGCUGGGCCACAUGAGUGAGGGUGGGGAGCAGGAAGGGCCCUAGACCUUGCCACCUCUGUGCUGGGCCCCACUGUUACUGCCAAGAGAUUUUAGGCCAUUCCCCAGGCCUGAAAAUGUGACCUCUCCCCCACCCCCCAAUUCCAGAAAGUGGGACAAGAGGUUACCGGCCGGUCCUGAUCCUACAUGUAGAUCGGAGGGUCUCCUUGCCUUCUGCCUAAGUCGCUUCUCGGAGUCCUGGCAGUUGUGGGUGAUGGAUGCUAAUGUACUCCCCAGCCCCAAGUUUGACCCAUUCAGGGUUAGUCUCCCUGGACUUCCAGGAGGUCCCGGUUCCAGAUUAAGGAUGCCAUUGGUGGUGAUACUUUUUUAUUUGCAGGAGAUGAACAAUGGCGUGUGGUAGCUCCUGGGGGAGUCUAGAAGGCUGGGCUCCUGUUGAGAAUGUUGACUUGGGGUCUGCUGGUGUCCUUCAGGUGGACAGACUGCUGCUGUGUUGACAGCCUCACUGGUGUGCCUGGCCUGGAGGAGGGGUGCUGUACUUGUUAGGCCUUAAGGUGGCCAUCAGGGAGGAGGCCAUCAGGGACCUUGUGGGAGGGAUUGGCACCACAGGGUGAGGAUCAGGCCCAAGAGUGGUGGCUUGGCUCAUGGUGACAAGCACGUAAGUGUCAUGGUAGUCACCAUUGCUGAUUGGUCCCCAGCCUGUGUCUUGGAUGGAUACAAAGGCAGAGGAAGACUCACCUCGGACACUGAUUUGGGUGGGGCCUCACUCCUGGGAGAUGGAAGGGAGCAGGCCCAGAGAGGUGGAGAAGCCUAGCCAGCCUCCUCAGAGGAAGGCCUGAUUCCUGCCACAGAUCUUUUCUGUCCUGCCUGCCCUUCAGGAAGCAGAGGGCCUGGAGAGGUGGUGCCCGGCUGAUAAGAAAGGCCUCACUUAUCAUGUGGUAGUUUCUGAGAGAGGAAGGGUGGGUGACCUCAGUGUGUGGCUUAUCUGUCCCCUAGGCCCCCCAGCCCCAGGAAGGGCUGUGUUGUCACCUGACGUAUUACUACCCUGGUCACGAGCUUGCAGUACUGAGCAGAUCUGGAGGGGGACUAGAGCCUGCCAGGCCCGGUGCUGGCAGUCGCUAUCAGCUAGUGGUAGGUGACCUUGGUGGCUCCAAAACAUACAAUCAAGUCUCUUCUCUUGGUUCCUUUGUUCACUUCAUGGAUUUCACCAGUGUAUCCUGCCCCCAUCAAAUGUCAAAUGUGUCCCCAGGAGAUCUGUACCGCACCCCAGUUAAAGAGUUCAGGAGCCAGAAUUUCUGGCCCCUGAGGCCUAUUUGGAAGGACAAUGAAACUGAGCCACGGUGAGGCUCAUUGCUGAGUGCCUCACUUGGAUUUGGAAGGGCAGUCUGAGCUGGUGUGACCUGCUGCCGCCUCCACCCUCGGCUUGUGUCUCUCUUCCACACUGACUCCAUCUGCUUUAACCGUGCCUUCAUUUCGCUACCAGUCUCAGCAUGGACAGCAGGUCUAUACAUUACCAAAUCCUUUACAGACAAGGUGGUUCCCAGGAGGCAGGGAGGAAGCACACAGGUUCUCGAAGACUCCAUGGUGGAGCCCUUUCCAGUAACUCCAGACCACCAUAGUAAUGCUUUACUGUGAUCCAGGCACAGAGGAUCAAGAGUUCAUGACCAGGGGCUGGAGAGAUGGCUCAGUGCUUAAGAGCACUGGCUGCUCUCCCAGCCCCAGGUUGAAUUCCCAGUACCCACAUGACACUUAAGUAGUCUCUAACUCCAUUUCCAGGGGAUCUGAUACCCUCUUCUGACCACCUUGGCCACCAGGCAUGCGUGGGGUACACAGACCUACAUGGGGCAAAGCACUCAUGCACAUAAAAUAAAUCUUAGAAAAAAAGUUAAUCUCAGAGCUCAGAAUAUAGUCCAGAGGGUAGAGUACUUGCUUAGCACCUACAAAGCUCUGGGUUUGAUCGCCAGCACCAAAUAAAGCUGGGCAUAUAUUCCCAGCACUCACAGAGUGAAGGCAAACAGUGAGUUCAAGGUUAUCCUUCGCUACGUAGCCAGUUUGAAGCUAGCUUUGGCUAUGUGAGACUGUCUCAAAAAAAAUUACCAAGGUCAGCCUAGGCUGCAUAAUGAGUUCUAGGCUACCCCUGACCCUGUGUUUCAGAAAAGCAAACAUCAGUAAUUGGUACUGGUGUUCCCCCAACCCCCUUUGCUGACUGGCUCUGACUAUAAAACCCGAGAUUUGACGUCUGCAUGAUAAAGCACAAAGGCAUUAAUUUUUAACUUGAUGAGUUAUUACCAAUGUCUGCAUGGGUGUAACCACCGUCCCAGCCACGGGGGAAGUAGGAAUCUCUACCUCCAGUGAAAUCUAGACAUUGAAUUUUUUUCUCUUUUAAAGUCCAGGGCUGUCGAGAUGGCUCAGUGGGUAAAGGUGCUGGCCACCCGAGCCUGGACUCCUGAGUUCAAUCCCCGGAACCUAAAGGGGGAAGGACAGGCCUGACUCCACAAAGUUGUUCUCUAACUUGUGCUGUGGCAUGCACAUCCACAUCCACACAUGCACAAAAACAUACAAAUAAAUAGUCCAGCAUGGAAACAUGGGAUUGUGGGGGAAAGUCCAGGCCUGAGCAUGGCUAGGCUCCUGCAGGAGAGACAAUGGUCACACUGCUUGCUGCUAGCUGCCUGCCCACCAGUGUCAAGCAUCUUGGUGUAUUCUUAGUUUUUUGGGGGGAUGAGCAAUGCUGGGGAGAUGGAGCCACACUAAGCCAGUGUUCUACACUGAACCAUCCCCCAUGAUUCAGUUUUUUUUUUUUUUUUUUUUUUUUGGUUUUUCGAGACAGGGUUUCUCUGUGUAGCUUUGCGCCUUUCCUGGAUCUCGCGCUGUAGCCCAGGCUGGCCUCGAACUCACAGAGAUCCGCCUGCCUCUGCCUCCCGAGUGCUGGGAUUAAAGGCGUGCGCCACCACCGCCCGGCUGAUUCAGUAUUUUUAAGAUCACCAUGGUAGGGGCUGGAGAAAUGGUUCAGCAGUUAAGAUCACUGGCUGCUCUUCCAGAAGACUGGGGUUCAGUUCCCAGCACCCACAUGACAGCUCACACCUGCCUGUCACUUCAGUUCCAGGGGAUCUGACACUCUCACAGAAAUACAUGCAGGCAAAACACCAAGUCACAUAAAAACAAAUCAUUAAAAAAAGAUCACAGUUGUAUAAGCAUUUCCCAGUAUUUUAUGAAAAGAAUUUUUAUUUUAUUUAUUAUUAUAUUUUUUUGAGACAAGGUUUCUCUGUGUAACAGUCCUGGCUGUCCUGGAACUCAUUCUGUGGCCCAGGCUGGCCUCAAACUCACAGAGAUCCACCUGCUUCUGCCUCCCAAGCGCUGGGAUUAAAUGCAUGUCUGCCUGGCUUAAAAGAAUGUUUAAAAUGUGUUUGGUGUUGAUUUUGUGAUAUUUGACUCAAGUGCUGUUAAUAAUGCAAAAUUAAGAGAACUGAGUUUCUAAAAUGUAAAUUUUAUUUAGUUUUGAAAUAAAUAAUACAUUUACAUGGCUCAACA